UUUAGGGGAAAAUUUAUUCUGGAACACAAUGGGACCAUUCCAGGAUUAUGAGAAGUCAACACUUAAGUCACCUCGCAGCCGUAUCCCACGUCUGGUACUACACCCGUAUCGCCCAAAAGACAAAAGCUCAGCCAUACCAGAAUUACCAUAUUCAGAAGAAGAGGGGAAAGACUCUGAUCACUCCAAAGGGACCAUCAGCACCAACAGCUUCUCCUCUGAUGACACCGGCUGCCCCACCAGUAAGUCCAUAUCCCCCUCCAAAACCCCGUCCAGUUCAGAGCAGAGCACCCACAGCUCCCCCAUGCUUCCUGAACGCACCACCAAAGUGAAGAGGGUCCGAGUGGUUGCAGGGGGAUGUGGAGAGCUGCACCCCAGAACAAGACAAAAGAGGGAACUACGCUCUGCUAUGAAACACAAAGUUGCCACUUAUUUUGCAGGGAGUGAAGCAGAUUUCAGCUCCUCCAGCAGCACUGGUAGCCCAAAGGCCAGAGAGACCGUUUCCUCAAACUCAGUUGGAAAAAAAACUCCAACUCGCAGCCGGACCACUCGCAUCAGACUACUGCCCAUUUUUAAACCUGCUGGGAGCCCAGUUGCAAACCGUGAUGCAGAGCUGUAUGCCCCCUACGGGACACCCCCCAGAGUGACCUCCUCCAUUAACAGCAGCUGCAACUCAAGCCUCUCCUCAAGAAGAGCCAGCCUGGGUCGGUACCAUUCAUGUGGAGACAACCAUGGUGUCAGACCCCCAAACCCAGAGCAGUACCUCACUCCCCUGCAGCAGAAAGAGGUGGCCAUUAGGCACCUCAGAACCAAACUGCUGGAAUCUGAAAACAGAGUCCAAGACAGAGAAAAUGAAAUUGAAGAGCUGAAGGGGCAGCUGAGUCGGAUGAGAGAAGACUGGAUUGAGGAGGAAUGUCACCGGGUAGAGGCCCAGCUGUCCCUCAAAGAAGCCCGCAAAGAGAUCAAGCAGCUACGUCAAGUGGUGGAGACCAUGAAGAGCAGCCUCAUGGAGAAAGACAAGGGCAUCCAAAAGUACUUUAUCGACAUCAAUAUCCAAAACAGAAAACUAGAGUCUCUUCUUCACAGUAUGGAGUUAGCCCAAAGUGGUAAUAGCAUUGACAAUGAACAGACUUUGGACUUUAUCUGCGAUGGCUCGAAUGGUAGCGGGAAGAAGAUGCUGGGUGUGGUGGAUGUUGAGAUGGAGCAAGGAGCAGAGGCGAUGGCAGACAGUGGACUUCUUGUCAAUGACGAGAUGGCCAACAGAGCGGAUAUUUUAGAGCAAGUAUUCAUGUCCACAGCGGUAGAUUGUAGUCAAGAUACAAGUGGAAAGCUAAGGGUCGAUGGGGCAAUGCUAACCACACUGUCAGAGGUGUCUCCAAGUGACCAAUCUGCUGGGCCUGUAAAUACAGCAUCAACAACUGUAACCCUAUCCCAAAUUGCACCAUGCCAAGAUGACAAGGAGGUUCAGACUGAUCCAAUGUAUUCUGACAUACAAGCCCUACUUCUCCAGCUGCUCAAGUUUCAUGGCGUAACAUUCGAUGAACCCAGUCUAUCAAGUUCAGAGAGUUUACAAGAACUCACAAAUGGCAAUCCACCAUUACCCAACAACAUUUCCCCCAUCAUAGACGAAAACCCAGAUACCUCCACUGAUUCAGGCAUAGGGUCUGCAGAAGCCACAGAGAGCCCAAAGUUCAUGGAAGAAUUAGACUUUGACAGUGGGAGUGAGGAGCAUCGUCUUACUUCUGGACUUGAGGUUGUGGAGAAACGGUACUGGAGCAACAACUUCCUGGUCGACCUGGUGGCAGUGGCAGCUCCAGUCUUGCCUACAGUGGCCUGGAUGUACUCGAGGCACGGGGCGGAUGGGAGUGUGCCAUUUUAUAACAUCGCUGCUCUGAUUAGGGGCUGUUGCAUCAUGGGAUUGCAUUCUCUUCGUCAUGUGGCUAACGGGUCAGGCACUUAAAGGAUUCCUGCAUGCACUAACUAAAAGCACUUCUGCAUCAUUUGUGAAAUUAUCAAACACCUUAAAUCUGCCAGUUAUUUUAAAGCCACUUGACUUUGCACUCUAGUUUCCUUGAAUUAGAUGAACAUGGUGAUAUGGAAGGGAUUAUUUAUAAAUGGUAUUUAUUAUUUAUGUAUAAGCUAAUCAUCUAGGUAGAUGGUUAUGUGUGAUUGUCCUGUACUGUCCCAAAAUGUGUCACAGAUUUUUAGAAUGGGAUAUUUUGAAGGUGAAUGUUUGUGUUGGAAAAGUCACCAGUGGUCACUUUUUGUGUUUUGUUUAAAAGGAAACCUUCAGCCAAAGCUUUAAUGUCAAGUCACUCUUAUUUUGUGAGAAGCAUAUAUUUUUUUCCUCACUGGGAAUAGAGCUUUAUUUUGUACAACCUCUUGUGUAUUGUUCAUAGAUGCUUCAACGCUGAAGACUUGUUGACGUGCCUGAGCUAUGUGCAAUACUGUUGGUAAACGUCAAAUGUCCUUUUUAAUAUUAAAGCAUGAUAAAUAUUACAAACCUGA